GGAUGGGAACAAAGGCCAAGGCCCUUGGGCGAGCACAGUAAUAACAACGCCUCUUCCCGCCCCCUGCUUCCGACACGUGGGCGACGAUUGGCUGGAUGGGAACCAUCCCUUGCAGAUGAUUGGACCUUGGAGGCACCUGGUGAUUGGCCGUCCUUUGGCUGAGUUAACCCCAUAGAGGCUGAAGCGGGGCCUGGCAGAACUUUGCGAUCCAGCUGCAGCGCCCAGCUGCCUUCCAUCCGCCCUUCAGUUUUUACAACCUGUUUCUUCCCUGCUCCCACCGUCAAGGGCUCUGUGUCCAUCUAGCGAGCUGGCCGCGGGACUCAGUUUCCUUCAUCGCUGCUGCACGGGGCUGAGCGACUUGUGGGCCCCCAGCCCCGGGAUGCAGCCCAGAAGGCGGCGGACACUUUGUGUACAUCGGGAAGCUGUCUCCUGGCAGUUCCCAAGCGGUCCCCGGCGGGCGCGGCCAAGGAGGCGCCGGAGGAGGAUGAAGACGACCAAGAGGCCGAGGACCCCGAAAGUGGAGCAUAUAGCCCCCCGAAACGCGGGGGUCCUGGAUCUCAGUUUUUCCCUCCAGGUCACCAGCAUCACCUAGCCUCAGUUUCCCUAAUGUCCCAGAGGCUCUGAGCUCCUUUCCCGCGCGUGGGCAGGCCCGAGAUCUCAGGCCUCUCGCAACCGCCCGCCUCAGUUUCCCCAGUUGCUCCGGAGCGCUCCAUCCCCAGUGCAACCCAAGGGCUCGGUGUCCCCCUCCGCCCACGGCGGGCCAAACCUCUCCGCCCAUCCCCAGUGACCAAUGGGCUGCGGCGUCCCCCCGCGGGGCGGAGCCCCGUCACCAGGAGGAGGCUGUGCCGGGACCCAGCGGCCAUGGCAGCUCCCGAGCCUCUGUCCCCCGCGGGCGCGGCCGAGGAGGCGCCGGAGGAGGAUGAGGACGACCAGGAGGCCGAGGACCCCGAGCGCGGGGCCGGCAGCGGAGGGCGCAGCAGCAGCCUCGGUGGCAGCGGAGGCAGCACAUCAGGGCCUGGGAUUGCCCUGGGGGGCGCGCUCACGAGGCGCGCGGUCACGCUGCGGGUGCUGCUCAAAGACGAGCUGCUGGAGCCCGGCGAGGGAGUGCUAUCCAUUUACUACCUGGGCAGGAAAUUCAUUGGGGACCUGCAGCCGGACGGCAGGAUCGUGUGGCAGGAAACUGGGCAAAUCUUCAACUCACCCAGCGCCUGGGCCACACACUGCAAGAAGCUCGUCAACCCGGCCAAGAAGUCCGGCUGUGGCUGGGCCUCUGUCAAGUACAAGGGCCAGAAGCUGGACAAGUACAAGGCCACCUGGCUCCGCCGGCACCAGCUACACAUGCCGGUAGCUGCUGCUGACGAGAGUCCCACCAGUGAAGGGGAGGAGGAGGAGCUGCUGUUGGAGGAGGAGGAGGAAGAUGUGCUGGCCGGGGUCUCAGCAGAGGACAAAGGCCGCAGACCCCCUGGGAAGGGCUCCUCCGAGUCAGAGGCCACACCCCCGGGCAAGCGUGUGGAGAAGUCCCGGGUGCCCAUCCGUUACUGCAUGCUGGGCAGCCGCGAUUCUGCCAGGAACCCGCACACCCUGGUAGAGGUGACAUCCUUUGCUGCCAUCAACAAGUUCCAGCCUUUCAAUGUGGCCGUUUCCAGUAACGUGCUGUUCCUGCUGGACUUCCACUGUCACCUGACUCGCAGCGAGGUCGUGGGCUACCUUGGCGGUCGUUGGGACAUCAACAAUCAGAUGCUGACGGUGCUGAGAGCCUUCCCCUGUAGGAGUCGGCUUGGGGAUGCCGAUACUGCAGCCACCGUUGAGGAAGAGAUCCACCAGGUCCUGUUCCUGCGAGGUCUGUCCCUGGUGGGCUGGUACCACAGCCACCCGCACAGCCCUGCAGUGCCCUCCCUGCAGGACAUCGAUGCGCAGAUGGAGUACCAGCUGAGACUGCAAGGCUCCAGCAACGGCUUCCAGCCCUGCCUGGCCCUGCUUUGCUCCCCAUACUACUCUGGCAACCCGGGCCCUGAGUCCAAGAUCUGCCCUUUCUGGGUGAUGCCUCCCCCUGAGGUGGGUGAGCUGGAGGACGGCAAGUUGAGGGGCGUGAAUCAAAGGCCCAGUGACUAUGGCAUCCCCAUGGAUGUAGAGAUGGCGUAUGUCCAGGACAGCUUCCUGACCAACGAUGUUCUUCAGGAGAUGGUGCUGCUGGCUGAGUUCUACAAGGGUGCCCCAGACCUUGUGAAGUUCCAAGAGGCCUGGAGCCCAGAGCACACCUACCUGGACAAGCUCAAGAUGUCCUUGGCCAGCAGGACUCCGAAGGACCAGGGCAUGUGCCACGUGCUGGAGCAGGUCUGCAGUGUGCUCCAGCAGGGGAGCUGAGGCCACGCAGGUGCUGCUGUCUGGGACAGGCUGGGUAAUAAAGUCUCUGAGUACCCACA